UGAUGACGUUAUUGUUUCUUACGCAUGUUAGCUGGUGCAGUGUCUCCGGAGAUACAGGGGUACUUUGGGGCAGAUCAGUGGCAGUAAAUCCGUAAAUAAUGCGCGUGUUCUCAUGCUGUGACUAUCGGGUGUGAGUCUUAGUCUGGGUAUUAACUGGCUCUGUUCUGUAAAGCGUGAGCGCGCUAACCGGCUUUAUGCCGUUCUGUUUGUAGGCUAUGCUAUGCUAGGCUAUGCUAGGCUAAGCUAGGCUAAGCUAGGCUAGGCUGUUUUCCAGCAUGUAUCCUGCGUGGGGCGGUUAUGGUGGUGGUGGAGGCCCGCAGCCUCAGCAGUUCUGUCCGCGCAAUCAGCCUUUCCGCGGUCCGCCUCCGCAGGCGGGGAGUUUCGCGGGAUAUGGAGCUCCAUCUCCGGCUGCAUCGUCUAACUUCUCGAGUCUACACGAGCAGCAUCUCCAGCAGAUGCAGCAGCUGCAGCAGCUCCAUCAGCGGCAGCUCCAGUCCGUGUUGCACUACAACAAUGCUAACAAUGCUAACAGCGCUGCUCCGGGUCCAGCAGCUCCCCCACAGUGGACCGGACCUGCGGCAGGAUUUCCACCGCCUCCUACUCACUUUACACCGGAUUCUACUCAAAACAGAAGCGCCGCACAACCUGAACUGCCAAGUGCACCUCCACCUGCGCCCAAAAACAGCACAUCAACACCAUCACACACCUCUAACACCCCCAGCACCAAUAAUACACACACCACCUCCACCGCGGAGAGUGCAGCAGCCCCGAAGGAGACCACAGACCUGUCUGCCAUGUCACUACACGAGCAGCAGGACUACUGGUAUAAGCAGCACCUCCAAAAUCUUCAAAAGCUAAAAAAUGAGAAGGCGAAGCAGGGCAGCACAGACAUGCCACCAGCCCCGCCCCCACCCCAUGAAGCCCCACCACCACCACCACCCAAAGAGGAGCCCCCUCCCCCUCCCCCACCUGAUGAGAAGCCCAACAUGGUGGAGUCUGCAGAUCCGGCAGAGGCAGCAAGGUUGCAGCAGUUGCAGGUGGCAGCAGCACAAUGGCAGCAGGUUCAGUACCACAGAGCGGGGUAUCAGUACCAGGCCCUAAUGCAGGAACACACACAACUCCAACAGAUACUGCACCGGUACCAACAGGUCAUCCAGCAACCGGCACACAUACAGUCCAUGCCUGUAGACAUGCAGUUGCAGCACUAUGAGAUUCAGCUACAGCAGUUUGCUCCAGUGUUACAGGACUGGGACAGACACUUUAAACUCUGGCUGGACCAGUUCCAGGCAUAUCCUCACAAAGAUCAACUACAGGAGUAUGAAGGUCAGUGGAGACAGUGGCAGGAGCAGAUGAACUCCACUUCAGUGCAUCUGAAUGAACGUGUGAGCACACUGAGGGACAUGAAACAGCCGUAUGGAACUGGUGAAGCUCACGGAGGUGUGAUGGGACCGUAUGGGCAGCCUCGCCUUCCUGCACCAGACGUAGGUCCCUCUAUGGCACCGAAUAGUAAGGAUCUUUCCUCAGGCCCUCCUCAGGGUACAAAUCCAACCAAUCUUCCAGGACCAAAUACUGUAGAAUCUAGUCCACUUCCAGGAUCAGAGAGUCCUAUUGGUUCUUCUGGAGCAGGAGCAAGACAUCCUGGUCCUAAUGGAAGGUUUGAAGGCCCAAGAGGUCCAAGGUUUGAAGGUCCCAGAGGCUUGAGAUUUGAACCACCACCACAACGAUUUAGUGGACCGCCUAGAUUUGAUGGUGGUCACCGCUUUGGCAUGCCUCCUCGAGGUAAUCAGCUUCAGUCAGGACCUCCAGCUAGAUUUGAGAACCCUCUUAGACAGAGUCCACCUUCUCGCUUUGAGAGACCGCCUGGACCACACCUGGGUCUGCCUCCACGAUCUGUUCCUGCCCCACAAGAUAAGCCUGGUACUGAUCAAACAAACCUGCAGCUGGGUAAAACUGAUCCUUCUCAUGGUUCUCUACCUCAGAGUGUGACCACAGUCAAGAAUGAAAACAAAAUCCCUCACAAUAAAACAGAGCAAAAGUCCAUGUCGGAUGAUGUAAUGGAUUCAGGUGAUGGUUUCUUUGUUCAAAGUGAUCCGAUUCCUCAGUCUCAAGCUGACAAAGGCAAAAAGCCCGAGACAGUCAGACAGGAUGGUAAUGAGGAGGAGUCAAAAAAGGAUACCUCCAAAAUGACUUCGUCGUCAUCCUCAUCUGCACCUGUCCAAACAAUGCACACCCCGAGUGCUGGCAAUAAAACCCCAGAAGCACCAAAAAAUAUUAGUGCACCACAGCAACGACCACAGCCUCCUCAACAAGGCAAGUUCCAGCCCGACAUGCCCAAGGAACCUUCUGGUACACCACAUGAGAUGAAUCAGAGUGGCCCUCCGAAUACUCUCCGUGGCCGGGGGAGGGGUCAGGGUCAUUUACCAAUACGUGGAAGGGGACGUGGGCGUGGUCGAGGACAAAUUGGCAGACCUAUUGGUCCAGCAGAUCCUAGUCAUCACAGGGAAGAAGCUUCAUAUGACCACCAGCCAGCAUUGGAAGAGGAUUACAGUUGGGGUGACCAUUCCCAAGAGAAACACGGAAUGAAGGAUGAACAAGAAGCUCAUGAGAUAUGGCAGACUGAAGAGCAUCACUUCCAGAAAGAGUAUUAUGAAGAGACUGAAGAGCGAGCACCACCCAGAGGUAGGAUGGAUCCUUUAGAGGUACCAAAGGGACACUGGGAAGAAGAACAGUCAGAGUACUGGGAGCAUGGCGAUCCAUACUGGUCAGACAAUAGACCUCCAAUGAUGCACCAUAGACCCUCUUUUCCUCCUGAAGGACCUAGGCGUCCUCCUUUCCAUCCACGCUUUAUGCACCAUGGUCCACGACGUCCUCGACCACUAUCAGAUAUGGAACGUGACCCACAUGGGCCUCCUCACAUGGGCCCUCGUUUUCGACGUGGUGGUCCAGGUCCCUGGGGGCCACCACCUCGCCAUGAUAUGAUGAGACGACCCCCUCCACCACCUCAUGAAUUGUUGGAGAGGAAGCCGAUGGGUCCACCCGGGUACCUUGAAGAAAUGGACCGAGAUCCUGGCUGGCCUCAGCAGCAUGCCCGGGAACCCAGACAUCUUCCUUUACCCCCUCAUGAAGUGAUGGAUAGGGAUGUGAGAAGGCCACCCAUGCGGCCACAUCCAAUGGUGAGAGAGAGGUGGAGAAGACCGCCACAUGAAGAGCCUCAGGGAGAGUAUGAGCAGGAAUAUGGCACUGAGUUUGGCCCUGAGGAUGAUGGGUAUGGAGGACCUUCACCUGAUUACCGUCACCGGGAUUACAGGGAAGGUGAAGAAAUGUACCACUCGAGAGAGGACUGGAGACGAGAGCGUCCGGAUUGUGACUUUCCUCCACAUCCACCAUGCGGGCUACCAUCCGACCACCUCAGAGAUGAUCCCUGGAGGGAGGAAAGGGACAGACCGUUCUCAUUUGAGAACGAGGAUCGAAUCAGAGCAGAGCGAAGAGGACCUGGUUUUGUUGACAGACCUCUGUAUAUGGACAGAGAUCAGGACCCUCCUUUUCAUUCUCAUCCUGAUUGGGAAAGACCACCACCACCACCUACACUGCCAGAGAGAGUAUACCCAGAUCCAACUGAAGAAACUCGACCUCUUUAUGAGAGGAACACAGAACUCCCCAUGGCACCACAGAGCAGUGUUCCAGAAGCGUCACUUGAUCAGAUAUCACCAGGUGGAACCAAAACGGUUCUCGCGCUGUCUCAGAGGCAGCAUGAGAUCAUCCUCAAAGCUGCUCAGGAGCUGAAGAUGAUCAGAGAACUUCAAGAGAGUAAAAAGGUUCUGGGAGACGCUUCUAAUCCGGAGUCUACUGGAAUGCCCCCUGAAAUUUCUGCAGGUCUCCUUGGACUUGAAAUUCCACCUGAGGUUAAAACUGCUCUUCAGGACGUUUCUGGUAGAUUCUUGGAAUCUGGAAUGCAGCAGCCAAACCAAGUCACAGGUUUCCUCCAUACAGCAUCAGCACCACCUCCUAAACCCAACUUCAUCGCUAAAACGGUGGAUUACGGUCACGGUCAUGAUGUGGGUGUCAAGGUGGAAAGGAUGUCGUACGGGGAGAGGAUCGUGCUGAGACCUGACCCGCUCCCAUCUGACCGUCCGUACGAGAAAGAGCUGCUUGGACGGCGAGAUCUGUACUAUGAUAGAAGAGGAGAUUCCUACAUGGAUCAGCGGGAGUAUGGAAGAGAUCGGGAAAGAGAAAUGUUCCGAGACAGGCCGCCCCUGGAUUACGAUCGGGAUCGACUAGAAAGAGAACGCUACCUCAGAGAUGAUAGGCCGCCCCCAGGCCCACCUCGUCCUACUUAUCGGGAUCGAGAGAGGGAUACGAGAGAACACUCGAGCCGCUCCAGUCGAGACCGCGAGCCAUAUAACCGCCCAGGCUACGAACGAUCUUCAUACGAAAGAAGUCUUGAGCGUUAUGAUCACGGGGCUUCGACUUACGGAAGUGACAGGAGAAGUUACCCUGACGAACCCCCUCCACCACCUUCUGUUCCCCAACGUGUGGAGAAGAAACCUGAGACUAAGAAUGUUGAUGAUAUUCUGAAACCACCAGGACGAGCGAAUCGUCCCGAAAGGAUUGUGGUAAUAAUGCGAGGGUUACCAGGAAGUGGGAAGAGUCAUCUGGCAAAGCUCAUCCGGGAUAAGGAGGUGGAGUUUGGUGGAGCUCCACCCAGAGUGCUCGGCCUCGAUGAUUAUUUCAUGACCGAAGUGGAAAAAGAAGAGAAAGACCCCGAUACUGGGAAGCGUAUUAAAACUAAGGUCCUCGAGUACGAGUAUGAGCCAGAGAUGGAAGACACCUACAGGAACAGCAUGCUGAAGACCUUCAAGAAGACGCUAGACGACGGCUUUUUCCCCUUCAUCAUACUCGACGCCAUCAAUGAUAAAGUCAAAUACUUUGAUCAGUUCUGGAGUGCAGCCAAGACCAAAGGGUUUGAGGUGUAUGUGGCCGAGGUCUCUGCUGACCAUCAGAUUUGUGCCAAGAGGAACAUUCAUGGACGCAAGCUGAAGGACAUCGUGAAGCUGGCCAACAGCUGGGAAUCGGCCCCAGUGCACAUGGCACGUCUGGACCUGCGCUCACUGCUACAGGAUGCUGCUAUUGAGGAGGUGGAGAUGGAAGACUUUAACCCAUCUGACAUGGACACUGCAGCUGAGGAGAAGAAGGAGGAAGAGGAGGAGGCAGAUCUGGGAUACCUUCCCAAAAGCAAAUGGGAGAUGGACACAUCUGAGGCCAAACUGGAUAAGUUAGAUGGUUUAGCUGGAGGAGGGAAGAGGAAGCGGGACGUCUCGGCCAUGGAAGACUUUUUACAGCUGCCUGAUGAUUACGCCAGCCGCAUGUCCCAACCGGGCAAGAAAAGGGUGCGCUGGGCUGAUUUAGAGGAGCAGAAGGAUGCUGAUCGGAAGCGAGCGAUCGGGUUUGUAGUUGGACAGACAGACUGGGAGAAGAUCACUGAUGAGAGCGGACAGUUAGCGCAGCGUGCGCUCAAUCGCACUAAAUACUUUUAGACCUGUUUAAAGUCCCCUGUGUUCACACAGCACACGGUUCUCAGCGGUGGAUACGAUGAGCUCCAUGCUGUGAUUAGUUAAUUGAUGCGGUGCAGAUUAGGCCACGCCCCCUGACAGUCGUCUCUCCUGCAGUAUCUUAAAUAUUUUGUUAACCUGAGUGUUAAUGUUUGUUACUCAGGUGUCCUGCAGUUAUCAUGUUUAUUUCAGUGUUUAGACUGAUGUGCUUUUGUUUUUUAAUCCAUGUGAUUCUCUCAGACUGUACUUUCAUACACACCCCAAUAAACACAACAGCAAACAGUGUGACACACACA